AUGACGAAUAAAGGUCCUCACGUAAACCUAGGAGCGGAUCGCCUUCGGGAGUUUAACAGUACUCUUGUGUUUGUGAUGCUAUACAUGUGCAGUUGUGCAUUCAAUUUUGGCUACGAUGUCGGCAAUUUCGGCGCUGUCCAAGGAAUGGGCAGCUUUGGCAGGCGUUUCGGUGAAUGCAACUCCAACGGAGCGUGUAAGCUGCCUGCCUGGCUGUCCUCUCUCAUGACGUCUCUUCCGUUUCUUGGAAAAGCACUCGGUGCUAUUGCAUGUGGACCAAUUGCUGAGAGAUUCGGGCGGAAGAUGUGCAUUAUUGUCAUAGCUGCUCUGUCCUUCAUUGGCGUAUUGCUCCAGACGACAGCUACGACAAGUGCACAAUUCACGAUAGGAAGAUUCAUCAGUUUCGGAAUGACGGGUAUGACUAUUGUUGUCGUGCCGAUCUACCAGGCUGAGACGGCGCCAAAGAUGCUCCGUGGCAUGAUGGCAUCCACGCUUCAACUGAUGAUUGUUGGAGGACAAUUAGUUGCUUCUCUUGUGACGUAUGGCACGCAGAGUCUCACAAGUGAUAAGGCGUGGCAAAUACCUGUUGGUCUGCAAUUUGUUGCGCCAGCCUUUAUUGUAGCCUUUUUGCCAUUCGUUCCUGAGUCUCCUCGAUGGCUUUUAUCCCGCGGACGAGUUUUCGAAGCUAAAGAAUCGUUGCAGAAACUGAGAAAGAACCAUUCCGAAACGGAAAUUAAUGAGGAAAUGGAGAUACUGCAGACCGCACAUUCUCUUGAAGAAAAGGGUUCAUGGGCAGAGGUAUUCGACAAGAGUAAUAGGCGGAGAACCUUUGUUGCUAUUGUGGCUAUGUUUGGGCAGCAAAUCACUGGCCAAGCGUUUUCGAGUCAAUACUCGGUCAUUUUCUACCAAAGCCAAGGGUUCAAGAGCCAGGCGUUCUUGUUCAAUAUACUGAGCAAUAUUUCCGGGCUGGUCUGUCUGGUGGCUACUUGGUACAUAAUUGAUCAGGUUGGCCGUCGACCGAUGUUAAUGACAGGAGGGUCAGGUAUGGCCGUGUCUCUGUUUAUAGUUGGUGGACUGGGCUCGAUAAAGUCGCCGGUCGAUGCUCAAAAGAAUACCAUGGUGGCGUUCUUUAUUCUGUUUACCAGCGCGUACAACUUGUCCUGGGCUCCAGUGUCCUAUGUUGUCGUAUCUGAAGCGGCUUCCAGUCGUGUCAAGGAAAAGACAAACUUGCUCGCUAGCGUCAUUUCCAUUAUCACGACGUUUGUCACUUCCUUUACGAUUCCGUAUUUGCUGAACAAGCCGUACGCGGCGUUGGGUGCGAAAGUAGGCUUCAUAUAUGGCUCGAUUAAUGUGCUGAUGGUGGUUGUUGCGUUUUUCUGCGUUCCUGAGAUGAAGGGUCGGAGUUUGGAGGAGAUUGAUCUGCUUUUCGAGUCUGGAAUUCCUCUUCGCAGGUUUAAGAGUCGUCGCGACUUGGCAUUCGAGGAGAAUGUUGUUAUUGAUGGCCAAAAGGUUUAG